CCACCACUAAAUAUAAAUUUAAACAGAAUCGUUUGGAUAAAAUUUGAAAAGUUCGAAAUUUCAGUUUCCGGUGCAAGAUAAGUUAUUUAAAUCGCGUUUUGGCGUAUUCUUUAUGCACUGAUUAUUUCGUUACCUCUAAAGUACUAUAAAGAAGUCAUACAACAGAUAUAAACAAAAGUAUAUAAAGCAGGAUUGUAUUUGCUAAAAAAAUAGUGUGAACGAAAUAAGCAGCGUGUGAGGAGAUUGCUAAAUAAUUGAAAUUAAAUUAAACGAAUCGUGUAUAUUUCAAAUAUAACAUGGAAAAACGCGAUAAGAGUUGGGACAUUGACGCAACAAUGAAAUUAAUUAAAAAAGUCGAACAGCACCGUUUGCUGUGGGAUACACAUGACAUUGAUUUUCUGAAUAUUGUGAAGAAACGACAUGUUUUCAGUGAGAUUGGUUUAGAAUUUGGUUGUAUUGGUUCGGAAAUAGAACGCAAGUGGCGCGAGUUGCGAAACCAAUAUCGACGUGAAAAAUUGCAAUACAACAACUUGAAUGCAAUGCCCACAUGGUUUGCCUAUGAACAUAUGCGCUUUGUGGAUAAUCAGGAUUCGUGCAACUCCUUGACCAUGGCACCAACCUCACCAAUUUCCGCAAACUCAUCGAUUGCGGAAGCUUCGAACGCAUUUUUCCGUACAUAUAAAAUACAGAAUGGUAAAUUCCCUUUAACCAGUGACACAAUAUCCGACGUUGAACAGUCACAAUUAGCUGAUCGUGAUUUGAAAUUUUCGCUGAAGGCGUUGCAGCUAAAUUACGAAAAAUUCAAGAUCCUCGCAUACAGCUGUGCGUACAACGCGAUAUCGAUAAUGCACUCUACGAUGCAUUAAUGAAAAACGUUGUGCCGAAACGUAACACAAUCGGUGCCAUUACAAGUGCCAGUAGUAACAAUAGUAGAUAUAAAUCGUGUAAAUACAUUGUGCCCGGUAUGAGCUCGUUUUUUAAUUAUUACCACUAAAACAAAACAACAAAAAAACUAACAACUUCGAUUUUACAUAUAGUGGUAGUACGGCACACAACACAUGUGUAACACUUUACACUGGCAUGCUGCUGUGGAGCUGCUAAUGCAAAUGGACAGACUGCCUGCUUGAAAAUUGAUUGCUAAUAAUUUGUGAACAAAUAUACACUAGAGAUUCUGUUGCCACUAUUAUUUAAUAAAAUUACAAAAUUUUCAGCAAA